AUGGAGGCAUCUCAACCUCCUCCCGGUCACGAUAGAUUGGGACCUACGUACUACCAAGUAUUCCUAGCCCAGGGGAUUUUGCUUGGGGUGAGUCUCACAAUUGGCGGGUCCUCCAUCGGUGGCAUCAUCUGGCCGAUCAUGCUAGAGCAACUUCUCAACAAACGCCAGCUUGGUUUCGGAUGGACUAUGCGAGUUGUUGCUUUCACUAUGGCUCCUCUUUUAGCAUUCGCCUGCAUCACUGUGGUUGAUGCCCCCGCACCCCAAGCAUCUUUGAGUCCAAUCCAUGCGGCAUCAGAUGGGGACGAGAAGGGAACGACCUCAUCGGAUGACGAGAUACAGUCCAAAUCGAAGGCCAACUACUCUAUCCUGAAGAACAAGACCUUUAUCCUUCUCUGUGGAGGGUUAGCACUCGGCUACUUUGGACUGUUUACCCCCGUCUUCUUUGUUACGGGCUUCGGCGUUCAACAUGGCUUGUCCACAUCGACGGCAUUUUACUUGUUAUCUGGGCUCAACGGUGCUUCAUUCCUGGGACGAGUUAUUCCUGGGUUUCUCGCAGACCGGUAUGGGCAUUUCAAUCUUUGCAUGCUGGCAACUCUUGCGGCUGGUAUCGUUGGCUUUUGCUGGACGGCGGCAACGUCUCUUCCUGGGUUGGCAGUGUGGAGUUUGGCGUACGGAUUCUCCUCUGGAGCCAUCAUGAGCUUGCAGGGUGCAUGCGUCGGAAAAAUUGCCCAUCAUCGUCAUCAGGGGUUGGCUGUCGGCUUCAUGAUGGGCUCCAUCGCUGUAACCGCUCUUGUCGGGCCUCCCAUCAGCGGCCAGAUUCUUGCGCAUGCCGGAUAUCUUGCGUUGUCGAUGUGGACCGGCGCAACUCUCGUGGUUGGAGCUGCCAUCCUUGCUGCAGCUAGAUGGCGGUUAAACAGCAGUGUGACUGCAACCGUCUAG